AUGGUACCCGCUAUAGUAUUUCGCAGCUACAGUGCCACGACCACAAAUGCUCUUGCAAAAUCGCGAUGCUCGAAUCUUCAUGAACCGUCUAACCACACUUUGAUACCACUUAUUCCUCCGGACCUCUCCUCCCGCGGCUAGUGGCACUCCGUCACCGACAAGGUCGUCGCCGCCCCCCCCCCCACCCGCCUCUCGACCCCCCACGAGCACCUCGUCUACCUCGCCUUCAACGCCCUGGCCCUCUUCAAACUCCGCAACUUCUCCGCCUCCUCACUCGAGAUCCAAACCCUCCUCCCCUUCGACUCCCCCAAAUACCGCUACGAAACUUACCCAGAAACGUACCCGAACCGAUCCGGAUCCAUGAUCCCGUUCGCGGUGCGGCAUCUCUACGCCGAGCUCCCGCAGCGGCUCAACAGUCGCGCUGAGACUGUGGAUCGGUUGUAUGAGCUUCUUGAUUUUGUGAGGGCGAGGGUUCGAGAGGGAUCGGAGGAGUCUGAAUGUUGGAGGAGGAGGGAGGUUUUCGUUUUGAGCUCGAUCUGCUGUAAUCAUUUUGCUCAUAAGGAGUUUGAUGUGUGCUUUUCGCUGAUUCGGGAGGUUUUGGACUCGGAUCCGACGGAUCCGGUGCUUAUCUCGAAGUUGGGGUAUAUUCAGCUUCAGACUGGGGAUUUGGAUGGCGCAAAGGCGUCGUUUUUGAGAGUUGAGGGGUUGAAGAAAGGGGAGUCGGUGGAGUUUGAGAAUUUGAUAGGGAGGAAUAAAGCAUUGGAGUUCGUAGUGGCGAAGGACUAUGUUUCGGCUGUGAGGGAGUAUGAGAAGUGCAUUGAGAGGGACCCUGGAGAUGUCAUUGCUUUGAAUAACAAGGCUUUGUGUUUGAUGUAUUUGAGAGAUCUUUCGGAUUCGAUUAAGCUUCUGGAGGGGGCGCUGGAGAGAGUGCCGACGGCAGCGGUGAACGAAACGGUGGUUGUGAAUCUCUGCAGCAUGUAUGAGUUGGCCUAUGUGAAUCAUGGGGAGAUCAAGAAGAGUUUGAGUAAUUGGAUUGCGAGGGUUGCACCGGAUGAUUUUGAUUCGUCGUGCACUCGGAUAUGAGAGCCUUAUCCAGCUGGAGAAAGAAAUCAAACAAACUUAUUUUGAGGUGUUCGAAUUUGAGCAGAGAAGAACAUGCUAUCAUGUUCCACGACAGCUGGAUUAGUCCCAAGGGCAAAGUAUCUAUUUUACUUGAUCGAAGAGAAACACGACGAAUCAAAAUAAUUUUUUCCGAUGCUUAAAGAGAUGUGUUUAUAU